GUUGUGGGCAGGGAGGGCGCGCCCUACACAAACAUGGCGGCGUGAGCACGACGGUGGCCGGCAGGGGCCGCUGCGCUGUGUGACAGCCUCGGGAACGAGAGCGCCGGCCGCCGUGCCCUGCUCAAAGAUGGUCGCCGGCGGCUUCGGCGUGUGCGGAGGUGGGAGGUGAGGAGCGGCCGGGCCGGCCUGCGGGAAGAUGGCAGAGAGCGAGCGGCGGGCAGGCGCCUCUGAGGAGGUGGCUCCUCCUGUCCAGCAAUGUUUCAUGGUCCCCAAAAAGGAGAUAAAUGUGGUUUCUGACAUGGCCAAGUGGAAGCGGUCUCAGGCAUAUGCAGACUACAUGGGCUUCAUCCUCACCCUGAAUGAAGGUGUCAGGGGCAAGAAGCUGACCUGUGAAUACAAAGUUUCAGAGCCCAUUGAAAAGCUGGUGGCUCUGCUGAACACCCUCGACAGAUGGAUCGAUGAAACCCCGCCAGUGGAUCAACCUUCUCGCUUUGGGAACAAAGCCUUCAGGACCUGGUAUGCCAAACUAGACCAGGAGGCAGAAAAGUUGGUGUUAGCAGUGAUUCCCAAGCAUUUGGCUGAUGCUGCCCCAGAAGUGGCUGUGUACCUGAAGGAAUCUGUGGGGAACUCCACCCGCAUUGACUAUGGCACAGGGCACGAAGCUGCAUUUGCAGCCUUUCUUUGCUGCCUCUGCAAAAUCGGUGUGCUCAGAGUGGAUGACCAGAUGGCCAUUGUCUUCAAAGUGUUUAACAGGUAUCUGGAAGUGAUGCGAAAACUGCAGAAAACUUACAGGAUGGAGCCUGCUGGCAGCCAGGGCGUGUGGGGCUUGGAUGACUUCCAAUUCCUGCCUUUCAUAUGGGGCAGUUCCCAGCUGAUAGACCAUCCAAGUCUGGAGCCUCGGCACUUUGUUGACGAGAAGGUGGUAAAUGAAAACCAUAAGGACUUCAUGUUCCUGGAGUGCAUCCUCUUCAUUACAGAGAUGAAGACAGGCCCCUUUGCUGAGCACUCCAACCAGCUCUGGAACAUCAGCGCCGUGCCCUCCUGGUCCAAGGUCAACCAGGGCCUCAUCCGCAUGUACAAGGCAGAGUGCCUGGAGAAGUUUCCUGUGAUCCAACACUUUAAGUUCGGCAGCCUGCUCCCCAUCCAGCCUGUGACAUCUUAAGGAGACCGUGGGAGGAGCUGAGGCAGCGGAGGCACAGCACAGCGCUCUUCCUCCUCCCCUCACCCCUCCUCAGCACCCAGCCCAUCCGUUCCUGCACAUCCUCAUCGGCAACCACACAUCCAAAGCACUGGCCGGCCUGGCACUGGAGAUGGCACCUGGAGCAGCUCCUCCUGCACGUCCUCGCCCUGGGGACGUGUCGCCAGCGCCGAGCGGGGCCGCGCUGCUCCGCCGGGAAUGGGGAUGGGUUUGGGCAGGGGCUGCCCUGCAGCAAAGGCCCUCUGCUUCACUUCCCAAGAGAAAGGGGUGUGGAGGGGAGGAAGGCACGUGUGUAUGUGUUGGGCAGUGGUAACUGCAAUUUCCCUUUUGAAUUUCAUUGGAGUUUCCUGUUGCUGUUUGCUUUGGGAAACCACUGCGCGGGGUGAGGUGUGAGCCUGCGCCUGUCUGUAUCAGCCAGCUCUGCCUGUACUGGAGGUCUGAAAUGGGAAAAGGGAGUUGGAGGGAAUUUCUGUGGGUUGUGGAAGCCCAAGGUACCGUCUCUCCCCUUUUCUGGGUAAGGAAAGUGCCCUCCCUCCACCUCUUCUGCAAGGUUUCCUGGGCCUUCCUUUCCCAGUAGCUCUUUUCUCGGGUGAAGCUGGGAACCUUCUGGGCUGUGGGAGUCUGAGCUGGCUCUGGAGCUGAAGACAAGGUCCCUGGAGGGACCCAGCUCUGUGGGAACAGCUAUGCAAAGACACUGCUCAGGCACCCUCUUAACUGGCACAAACCCUGACACAUUCACACACAUCCAUAACUGGGUCCAACCUGCCCUCUGCACUGUGCUUUGCUGCCCUGGGGCUGGGCUGGCCUCAGUGGCACAAGGUGACCGUGGUUGCUCCUGCUUGGUCAUAAGCUGUAGUGACACCCCCAUAGCAAAGGGAUUUCCCCACAAAGCAGCACGAUCCCCAGCUCUUCAAGGGGGACAUCCCUGGAGCACAGGCAGCAUGAGGGGGCAGCAUGCAGCUUCUCAUGCACUUCUGUACUUGCUCUGGAAACAAAAAGCAGAAUAGCCUGGAACAGCAGGUUAUACCUGGAGAAAGCUCUUUCCCUAUGUCCUUCCCUGCUGGGGUUGCUAUGCUGGACCUCAGGCAGGGGGACCACACUUGCAGUGCCAGCAGCAGCAGUGUGUUGAAGGCUGGUGGUCUGGAUCACACCAGCAGCAUCAAUGGAGGGCAGAAAGGGCUGGUGCUGUUUUUGGGAUGAGCUGUCUGUCCACAGGUUGUGACCAACGUGAUACACAGCUUUGCAGCUGCAGUGGGGUUGUUUCUUCUUGGGGUUCCCGGGCUGGGUGUGGCAGGGACAGAGAUCUGGACUGGUGUUUGCUGGGUAUCAGGAGCAUCAGGAAUCCUUCCUCUGGCAUUUCUGCAGACCAUGAAGGGGCUGCCCCCAGCCAAGCUGCUCAGCUUUUGCUGCUGCACUGCUUUACUGCUGGGGUGGGAGGAGGAAACCUGGGUGUGAUUUUUUUCUUUUUUUUUUUUUUUUCAUUAUCUUUAACAGACCUACUCACUCCCUCUUUUGAAGGUUCUUGCAGGCACUCAGGGGAAGGAGAGUAAGAAAAGCUAAGUUAAGAGGUGGUGAAAUGUCCAUAGAGCUGAAGCAGAGCUUUCUGGCAAUGUUGCUGUCCUGUCUGCUCCUGGCUUGGCCCUGGGCAGGGGAUGGGGGACAAGGAGCUUUUGACCUGUCUGAAACAACUCUAUACACUUGUAUUUUAAAUGAAAAUGAAAGACUGGGGUUAAGUCUUGUUUUACUUCUAAAUGGGAUGUGUUUUGUCUUGGCUUUCCUAAUGGAUCCACUCCUGGAAUGUUGCUGGAGAUCUGUGUGCUUGCUGGGACUUGAGUCCAUCUCCAGUGGAGCAGGCUGUGCCUGGAGCAGAGACUCACAGUGUCUCCACCUGUGUCCCCUCACAUUGCUGUGUCUUUUGGCAGGUGUCCCCAUAUUUUAAAUGACUGUGCAGCAUCUGGCCAGCAAUGGCUGAGCAAAAGCCUCUGGUUUUCUUUAUCUGCCCAAGGGUUGGGAAAGCAUCUCCAGGUCAUCUUGUGGAAAUGAGGCUUCCAUGCAAAAGGAUGGGUGGAAAUUUUGACAUUGAUACAUGGGAGGGACUCCAGGAAUGUGGAAUACAGCACCAAGAAAGGGUGGAGAGGUGCUUCCUUCCCCUGCAGCUGCAGCAUUGCUCCCUGGGACCGUGUCCCUGGGCUCAGGACCUGCGGGGGCGGUGGGAGGAGGCUCACGCACAGCUCUGUGUUUGUUACUUGCCCGAGUGCACAUCUGUCCUGCUGGGGAUUUUGGGAUGUCAAGCAGCUAAUUCUCGUUUGAGUCUUAUCAGCCUGCUUGGGAUGUGCCCCCAUCACGUGGCAGCCCCUUGCUUUGCCUCCCUGCUGCUCCCAGCGCCAUCCCCCGCGGGCUCAGCUCCUCUGCCCACGCGCGUGGCAGCACCUCCGUGUCCCAAGCAGCACUUCCCACCUCCCCCCGUGUUGUAGGUUUAAUUAAAGUUUCUGUGUUUUGCACUGGUGACUGUGUUGGUCUCUCUUGGCCUGGGUUUGCUCCUGCUUUGGGAGCAGAGCCAGCAAAGCCAGUGGCUGGAGCCUUCAGCACAGGAAAGGCCUUGUGGAUGCACUUGCCAUGUCGGUGGUUGACCUCGUGCUUGCACUAAAAUUGAUUCAUUAUUUAACUGCAUGAUCAAGUACAUCUGGUCUGUCUUUGUGUCCUUCCAAGGUGUCCUUCUGUUGUAUUGUAUGGUUUAUUUAUUAACUUUUUUGCUGUGACCACCCCCCAUCCCAUCUGGCAUUUGGCAGGUAGGUGAUGUGCAAAGCCUGAUCCCAGGCCAGCAAAUACCUCUUGAAGAUCAGAGACUCUCACAACCAAAGGAUGUUUGAGCCUUGUUUCUGAGGCAGGGUGAGAACUGGAACCUUUUUCUUCAGAUGUUUUUCCUGUCCUGCUGUAGGAGCUGACUCAGGACUUCCAGCAUCAGUGUAGUUCAGCAGCUUUGUUGGACUUAUAAUAGACCUGGAUUGAAUUAAACCUGGACCUUCUCACGAGUGGUUGGAGGUAGCGUAGCUGUGCUUAGCAAAUGCUCCUUUUCUUGUCUCUGGGUUACAUCUUCUCCAUCAACACAGGCCAACUGUGUGAGCGUGUGUUGCUAAAAGCAGCAGCAGCAUGGAGGGGUGGAGGGUGAGCAGAAAUGUCAUCUUGGAUCACAAAUGUUUUCUUUGAAGGCGCUUGAAUUUGUCUUGAAUGUGUCCCGUGGCAAACGUGACGGGCAGUGAAGGGGAAGCAGACGUAGCGUGGGGUUUCUGGCCAUCUUUCCCCUCAGCCCACUGACCAAGCCAUUUUUUUGUAAAUGCAGUUUUCAGAGUGGAUCUUUGGGGUUGCCAUACAUAGGCCAGUUCGUGUUGCUGUUUAACAGUUGUUGCCUUUGCACUGGGUGCGUUUCGUGGAUCGCUGUCAGCCUUGCCCUGUCUGUUCCUUCACAGCCCUCCUUUAUAAAUGAUCUCUCAUGGCAGCCAGUGGUGAAGUAAGAGUUGAGUGAAGCAGCCUCAUGUGGAGAUAGAAAUAACAGAAUAAAAAAAUACUGCUUGCUGUCAUGGUUGCUGUAUUAGCUUGUCCCUGGUGUGUGGCUCAGUUCCACUGUGCAGUGCUGGGAUCCUGCGAGUGGAUGAACAAAGCCCCCACAGCAGGACCUGCAAAAUCUGAGUGGGCACUUGCUGAGAUGAAGAUGCACUUUGUACCCCAAGGACCUGGUGCUGAGCCACACAAGAGCCCUGGACUCUGCACUGUGUCCCUGCAACUGCACUGGCUUCCUGAGAGAGGGAAGGAGGCAGAAAUGGGUUGGAGGAGGUGAAACUGGUUGUUAAUGAUAACUGCUAAAGUAACCUGAACUCUCCUGCUGCCAGUGUGCUGGUGGAAACCUUGUACAAUUGAGAAGCUCACAAGAAUCUUCUUGCUGCUUCAACAAGGACUCUCCUGGCUCAGAUGUAGAAUUUAACAGGGCUUUUGGAGGUCAUUUCAUGCUCUAAUAGCCAAGAGGAGGUAUCUUCAUCCUUUAACUUUGCUUCCCCUUCGGUGGAUGAGCACUCUUGCCAUUGACAUUGGAGAAACUCCUUGAACAUCCUGGGGACACACAGGGUCUUGUAAAAUUGUGCCAAACUUCAAACUAGGAUGAGCCAAAUUGAAAAAGGGCUGUCUCCACAUCAGGUUCAUCCAGGGCUGAACUGUGAUGGGCAUCAUGAGCUUGGAGAUGGGCUUGUUCUGAGGAGCACAAGGCUGUGAGCAGGUUUUGGAGGUUAGAAAAGGCCUUCCAGGGGGUGGAGUGGUUGCUUCUGCUUGCUAUAAAAAGCCUGGGCUUGGGAAUGUCUACAUGGGCCGGCUCUAGGCAGGGCAUUAAUGCAGUUGUCGCUAAAAUUGGAACGAGUCCCUCCCCAUGUUCCCAGUUGCAACUGUAACACAGAUAAUAAAUAACAUCGAAAUUCUGCAUUAGAA